AUGGAUCAUUACCUCCCCAGUUUGAAGUACGAACACGGAGGCGACAUGGACAGCAGCUUCUCCAGUGUCGCGUCCUCAGACUUCUCAGGGAGUCCGGCAUCAACCCGUACAUCAGCAACAUCUAUAGCCUGCCACUCACCGCCAUCACGGCCCGCGUCCUCUAUUCACUAUGGUCUCCACGGCAUUUCUAUGAACAUGUCGCCGCAUCCUCCACUCAUCACCCAGGAUUAUGUUCAUGUGCCCUCGGCCAUUACUCAGGGCUAUGUGCAUAUGCCUUCGGCCAUCACUCAGGACUACGUACACGUCCCUUCUCAGAGCAACGGGGGAUGCUCUAGUGGCCCGCAUUACAGAGACAGUUGUCCAGCUCCGGCGUAUUUUCCACUCCACCACAGUCUACCGGAUUUCUCAACAUCUGCCCCUUUUAUAGCGGCAAACCAUGGUUAUCACGUUCGAGGUACAGAAUCACCAUCAGCCAUGUCCAUAUGGUCCUACGACGCCCCUACUCCUCCGUUCUUCGAAAGUCCUUGUCCUUCUCCCGUCUCUGCGGCUGGUAAUGCCUCAAUGUCGCCAACACCUUCGCCUAGAGCCUUUGUUCGCAAUAAGCAGCGAAGGAGAACCUCGCCCAAAGGCACCCGAGGUAGAAAACCAAGGCGGGUGGCUACGACAGCUCAUGGGAUUCAGUACGAUGUUAUUCCAGCAAGUAGAUAUGACUGCAAAUUCCCAGGUUGUGGUAACACCUAUGCCAGGCCGGAGCAUUUGAAACGCCACGAGAAAAACCACGAUGAGAAUGCUACCAUUUUCACCUGCGAGUUGUGCCUCGACCUCAUGCCCCCGGACAAGGUCCACAGAGUCAAAAACCGCUUGGACAACUUUAUUAUGCAUGUCAAGAACCACACUGAUUUGAAGGGACUCAAAACCUCGGCCGCAAAGACAAAAUUUCACCCAGGUGCGCUGGCAUACUUACGAUCCCUUGAGGCUCAGCAGAAGAACAGGGGCCGGGGUACCAGGAAACCGGAGGAUGAGAACAAAUUGUAA